CGGGACCGAGCGACUGCGCAUGCUCGCCGUCGGCGCUGGCCGGGGAGCCGAGCGGCCGUGACGGACUUAAGUGCUCGUUUGCGGUGCUCUGCGGUGGCGGCUUGCGAUGGCGAUGGUUGAAGAUCAACUGGAUUAUGUAUUUCCUUCUGGAAUCUCCAAGCAGUGCACACACAGUGGAUUCUUCCUUAAGUUAUCUAUGCCAGGGGGAACAAUAUAUUUUUAACAACAAGAAUCAGUAACUGGAAGUACAAGAUUGAUUAAUAAUGUUAAAAUAAAGUUUUAAUCAGCAGAGGUGCUGUUACCAGACUUGUCCUCUGAGUAUCAAUUAAAAAUGACUGAAGUUCAAGCAAUGGUAGAAUUCUCCGUGGAGCUAAACAAGUUCUACAAUGUGGAUUUAUUCCAGAGAGGUUUUUACCAGAUUCGUGCAUCUAUGAAAAUUCCACCAAGAAUUCCCCACAGAGUAGAAGCUAGUUUGUUAAAUGCAACAGGUGUGGCACUAGCCUUCCCAGCUUCAGUCCAUGAUUCUCUGAUUUGUAGUAAAACAUUUCAAAUCCUAUAUAAAAAUGAAGAGGUUGUUUUAAAUGAUGUAAUGAUCUUCAAAGUUAAAAUGCUGUUGGAUGAAAGAAAGAUUGAAGAAACCCUUGAAGAAAUUAAUUUUCUGUUAUCCUUGGAUCUGCAUUUCACAGAUGGAGAUUAUUCGGCAGAUGAUCUGAAUGCCUUACAACUAAUAAGUAGCCGAACAUUGAAGCUGCACUUUAGCCUCUAUAGAGGACUUCAUCAUCAUGUUAAUGUUAUGUUUGAUUAUUUCCACCUUUCUGUUGUAUCUGUUACAGUCCAUGCCUCAUUGGUUGCACUACACCAGCCACUAAUAAGCUUUCCCCGCCCUGUGAAGACUACUUGGUUAAAUAGAAAUGCACCAGCCCAAAAUAAAGAUUCUGUGAUUCCCACUCUGGAAAGUGUGGUCUUUGGCAUCAACUACACAAAACAGUUAUCACCAGAUGGCUGUACCUUCCUCGUUGCAGAGUCCUUCCUUAAUCAUGCCUAUCAUUUUCACUAUACACUCUGUGCCACUUUGCUGCUAGCCUUCAAGGGAUUGCACAGCUACUUCCUUACGGUAACAGAAGAGAUUCCCUCUUGUCAGAAACUAGAACUGGCCAAGGCCAACAUGCAGGUCCUAUAUGAGCGCCUUCUCAGAAGAAAACAGCCAAGAACUCAGAAUGACACCUGUGUAGAGGAAAUGAAUGUAGAAGCUCGUCUUAAUGAACUAUGUGAAGAAGUUAAGAGGAUAGAAAAUCCUGAUGAACUGGCAGAGCUUAUCAAUAUGAACCUUGCACAACUUUGCUCACUUCUGAUGGCCUUAUGGGGACAAUUUCUGGAAGUUAUAACCCUUCACGAAGAGCUAAGAACAUUAUUAGCACAGGAGCACCAUACUUUGAGGGUUCGCAGAUUCUCUGAGGCAUUCUUUUGUUUUGAACAUCCAAGAGAAGCUGCCAUUGCAUACCAAGAACUUCAUGCUCAGAGUCAUCUACAGAUGUGCACCGCUAUCAAAAAUACUUCUUUCUGCAGUUCUCUUCCACCCCUGCCUAUUGAAUGUAGUGAAUUAGAUGGAGAUCUCAAUUCAUUGCCUAUAAUCUUUGAAGAUAGGUAUUUAGAUUCAGUUAUUGAAGACUUAGAUGGACCCUGGAUGGGAAUUCAGAAUCUUCACAUAUCAGAGUCCAGUAGAAUGGAUAAAUAUGAGACUGAAGAAAGAUCUGUAACAGGACUUUCUAGCCCAGAGUUGAAGGUCAGACCUGCUGGUGCCUCCAAUAUUUGGUAUACAGAAGGUGAAAAACAGCUAACAAAAUCUCUGAGAGGAAAGAAUGAAGAAUCACAUAAAUCCAAGGUUAAGGUCACUAAGCUCAUGAAAACAAUGAAACCAGAAAACACAAAAAAGUUAAUAAAACAGAACUCUAAGGAUUCUGUGGUUUUGGUAGGCUACAAAUGUUUGAAAAGUACAACAUCAAAUGAGCUCACUAAAUGCUUUGAAGGCACUCCUUCACAUAGUCAGAAAGAAGGUCUGGAUCCCACAGUAUGUGGAUAUAAUUUUGACCCAAAGACCUACAUCAGACAGACAAGUCAAAAGGAAGCUAGCUUUUUGCCAACUAAUACAGAGAGAACUGAACAAAAGUCUCCAGAUACUGAAAAUAUACAGCCAGACCAGUUUGAUCCUUUGAACUCUGGCAGCCUAAAUCUUUGUGCAAAUUUGUCCAUUUCAGGUAAACUUGGUAUCUCCCAGGAUGAUAGUGAAAUCACACACAUGGAACACAAUCUUGCUUCCAGAAGUUCAUCAGAUGAUUGCCAUGACUGUCACACAGCCCCAACCUCUGGAGAUAAAACAACUGAAGUAAAGUCCAGCAGUAAAGAUCCUUUCAAUGGAGAGAAAAUAACUGUUAAAAUAGGACCUUGGACAGAACUCCAACAAGCUGCAAUGUCUGUGGAUAAUUUACUAGACAACUUUGAGUCCUUAGAAUUUAGUGGUAAAUCUAAAUCUAUAGAAAUAACACUUGAGAAGGAAGCCUUACAGGAAGCAAAGUGCCAUUCUAGUGGAGACUCAGUAGUUAAGUUACAAAGCAAUCUCCCUGCUCCUACAAAAGAGUAUCAUGUUGUAGUAAGUGGAGAUGCAAUUAAAUUACCGGAUACUAAUGCCACAUAUGCCUCAUCAAGAUUUUCAGAUUCAGGUGUUGAAAGUGAGCCAAGUUCUUUUGCAACACAUCCAAACCCUGAGAUAGUCCUUGAAAUUGGUCAAGGCCAAGGUCCUUAUAUUAACGAAAGAUUAUUUCCUCAGAUUUUGAUGAAACCUGAUUAUAAUGUAAAAUUUUCAUUAGGAAGUCACUGCACUGAGAGUACCAGUGCAUUCAGUGAAAUACAGUCAUCAUUAACAUCUAUAAACUCACUGCCUUCUGAUGAUGAGCUGUCACCUGAUGAAAGUGCUCAGAAGUCUACUAUAAUUGAAUGCCAUCUAAGUGAUAGCAAGACUGUGUUAAAUCUAGGGACAAUUGAUUUGCCAAAAUGCGAUGAUGCUAAAAAGUCAAGUGUUAUUUUGCAACAGCAAUGUGUUGUAUUUUCAGGACAUUUAGAUGAUGCAACUUUAGCAAUACAUUCCUCAAAUUCAAGUGAUAAGGACCCUUUACAGCUUGUUUUGUCAGCUAAAGAUACUUCUGGUGAUAUGAAGAGUAAUUGUAACUCCAAGCCUUCUUUGGACACUGUAUUUAAAGGAUCCCAGGGUCAUGAUACAUCUAAUAACUCUGCAGGAGCAGUGAUCACAGUAAAUUCAAAACUGAUUUGUUUAGGCACCCCUUGUGUUGUUUCAGGUUCCGUUUCCACAAAUGCAGAGCUUAGUGAUGAUAGAACUAUGGGGAGAAAAAGUAGUGAGCCGUUAAAUCUCAGACAGAUGGAUUCAGAAGCCUCUGUAGUUGAGAGAGAAACUCACCUGGGUCCGAGUGACCCUCUUUCAGCUAGUACUGAUGUGGUAAAACAAGGACUUGUGGAAAAUCACUUUGGAUCACAAAGCAAUACACAUAUUUCUGACACCUGCGCUGUGAGCUACUGCAGUUCAGUUAACCCUCAGAAGGAGAGUUGUGAUAAAAGAAGUCUUCAACAGGAGCAGGGCACAGAAGAUGAGGAGGAAGAACAGGAUCAACAAAUGGUUCAAAAUGGGUAUUAUGAGGAAGGUGAUUGUUCUGUUUUGGAUGGAGCAAUACAUGCUCACUGUACAAGCAGGGAGUUACUAGCAGAAGAGAGACUUACAAAAUCUGAAAAAGUAAACAGUGAAUACCUGCGGGAUAGUACAAAUAUGCCUACUGUUUGUACUUCUGGUUGUUUGUCCUUCCCAUCUGCGCCACGAGAGUCUCCUUGUAGUGUUAAGUAUUCUUCUAAAAGUAAAUGUGAUGCCAUUACAAAGCAACCAGGCAGCAUCUCUCAUAACUUCACAUCCUCAAAUUCCUGGUAUGAAAACUCGCCCAAACCUCAAAUCCAAGCCUUCCUUCAUGCAAAAGAUGAAUUGAAGCAACUUAAGCUCCCUGGGUUCAUGUACAGUGAUGUUCCUCUGCUGGCAUCCUCAGUACCUUACUUUAGUAUGGAAGAGGAGGAUGGUUCUGAAGAUGGGGUGCAUCUCAUUGUCUGUGUACAUGGUUUGGAUGGUAACAGUGCAGAUCUUCGGCUAGUAAAAACAUAUAUCGAACUCGGACUGCCUGGGGGAAGAAUUGAUUUUCUUAUGUCUGAGAGAAAUCAGAAUGAUACUUUUGCUGAUUUUGAUAGCAUGACUGAUCGCCUUUUGGAUGAGAUCAUACAGUAUAUUCAGAUAUACAGUUUAACAGUCUCAAAAAUAAGCUUUAUUGGACAUUCAUUGGGCAAUUUAAUAAUACGUUCAGUGCUUACAAGACCAAGGUUUAAAUAUUACCUCAGCAAGCUUCAUACGUUUCUUUCUCUCUCUGGACCUCACCUUGGUACACUCUAUAAUAGCAGUGCUCUCGUCAAUACAGGUCUCUGGUUUAUGCAAAAAUGGAAAAAAUCAGGAUCUCUUUUGCAACUGACAUGUCGAGAUCAUUCAGACCCUCGCCAGACAUUUUUAUAUAAGCUUAGUAAUAAAGCAGGCCUUCAUUAUUUCAAGAAUGUUGUACUGGUUGGAUCUCUACAGGAUCGCUAUGUUCCUUACCAUUCUGCCCGCAUUGAGAUGUGUAAAACAGCUCUGAAGGACAAACAGUCAGGACAGAUCUAUUCAGAAAUGAUCCACAACUUGCUUCGCCCAGUUCUGCAGAACAAAGGCUGUAAUUUGUUUCGCUACAAUGUCAUCAACGCAUUGCCCAAUACAGCUGACUCACUCAUUGGGCGAGCUGCACACAUAGCUGUCCUUGACUCAGAAAUAUUUUUAGAGAAGUUCUUUCUGGUUGCUGCCCUCAAGUAUUUCCAGUAGGACAAACAAUUACCUCAUUCAACAGUGAUUUAAAAUGUAUUAUACAUAAAUGUACAUGUGAUAAGUUCUAAGAAAUAUUUAUACCUUUUUAUAUGGAAGAUAAUUUAUAUCAUCCAUGUGUAGAGCCUUUUAAACAUCAACUUUACUUUCUAGGUAAUGUGGCUGUGCAAUAUUUUUUUAAUUUUAUCUUUUUACUUUUCUAUUACUUUUUCAUAUAUUUUGCUACCUAAGUAUUUCAGUGAAACUUCAAGACCAUAUGUAUGUCUGAUCACUUAUUAUUGGCUUUCCACAAUUUUGGCUUUUCACAAUCCUUAUAUCAGACUGCGGUUAUUGCUAGAAUAGCGUGGGAUUUAAAUUUUUCUAGUUUGGGGCUUUUGUUUAAUUCUCUAUAAAUUUUACUUUGAACAGUUUACUGUGUUUUAACUGGAAGUGAAAUAAUGGCUGCUAAAACAUAAUUUUGAAAUCAACUUCUUUACUCCUAAAAUUUUCCUUAUCAUAUGAUUAUACCAGGUAGUUCAUACAUGACAAUGUUAUAAAUGUUUUCUAUAAAAUCAUUACUGUUGCUAUUAAACACAUGUCAUACACAUUAAAAUAUAUUUUCUAUCAGUUCAACAUUAUUUCUCAUAUUGACUUUUAUUACUGGAACUUUUCUUGUUCAUAUUAGCAGCUUAUAAAGAUUUUUGAAUGCCCUCUGCCUUGACUUGGUUGGAAUUUUGCUAAAUUUGGUAAAGUUGCUUGAACUUUCUGACUACAUUUCUUUAACUUUUUUCAUGGACUUCCUUAUAUGUACAUAAUUAAAUGGUGAAAUUUAUGAAAUACUUUUGUGAAUUUAGAGAAUUUUUAAAUACUAUUAAAAUUUAUUGAUAUAAAGAGACAUGUAAAUAAAAGAAUUCAGUUUAAAAUGGAAAAAAUACUUUACAUGUUUGGUGACACAGAUGCAAAUGUUUUUGAUAUAUGGAGAUGAUGAUAAGUCUUUUGACUUUCCUAAAGGUGCUGAAUAGCAUUAACUUCACUAUUUUCCUUUCCUUUACUUGUGAAAAUAAUAAUGCACUAAGAAUGGAUGGAAGGUCUGUUUGCAUUCACCAGUUGUAAUGAGAAGAAGGUUUUUGUAAGUCUGUACUGUAUAAUUGGUGCAUGUUUAUUUUUAGCAUUGUGAUUAUUGCCUCUGGUGUUAAUAAAUGAGCAAAUGCUUACCUGGAGGAAUA